UGCCCGCUCGCCGCUGCCUCCAGCAUGAAGCUCACCUGGGACAUCAACGACCCCAAGCUGCCGCAGGAGCCCGAGUGCUUUGAUGCCUUCCAGGAGUGGCCGGACGGCUACGUGCGCCUCAUCUACUCCAGUGAGGAGAAGAAUGCGCAGCGGCACCUGAGCGGCUGGGCCAUGCGUAACACCAACAACCACAACUGCCAGAUCCUGAAGAAGUCCUGCCUGGGCGUGGUGGUGUGUGCGGGGAGCUGUGCCCUGCCCGACGGCACCAGGCUGCAGCUGCGGCCUGCCAUCUGCGACAAGGCGCGGCAGAAGCAGCAAAAGAAAGCCUGUCCGAACUGCAAUGCAGCCCUCCAGCUCAUCCCUUGCCGUGGGCACAGUGGCUAUCCUGUCACCAACUUCUGGAGGCUUGAUGGCAAAGCAAUAUUUUUCCAGGCUAAAGGAGUCCAUGACCAUCCUAGGCCAGAGAGUAAAUUGGAGGCAGAGGCAAGACGAAGUGCAAUUAAGAAGCAAAUGUCAUCUUCUCAGAAUUCCCAGAAAAAGAGAAUUCUAAACUCAGAGGCAGGAAGAUACCAUGAUAGCAGUGGUUAUGUCAGUAACAUGCAAAAUCUGCCCUCCAUAGACAUCCCAGAAAGAGUCAGCAUCAUCACAGACACCAGUUUUUCAAUUCCAGCUCAGCCUUACCCUUUGCCGCAAAAUACUGACCUCUACAAGAUGUCUUAUGACUCAGCCAGCUUCCAAGAGGACCAGCUGUUGCCAUACCAGAAGUGCCCCAAUCCAAGGAUCUAUGUGCCCAGGCCAUGUAGUCAUGAGUUUGGAUUUCCUCCUUUCAUUAGCUCCAGUCCUUACCCAUCAUGUUAUAAAGAUCCAGCAAAUCCUCCCCUUGAUGCCAACCCUAUCAGUUUGAAUGGAUCUCACUAUAAUUCCUUGACCAGCAGUGACAAGCCCUUUGAUCAUACUGGUAGGCACUAUGGACUGAAACCAAUCUGGGGGAAAACUGGCAGUGGAGACAGGAGCGACUAUGGUCAGAUGCAAACAAGCACUAACCACACUUAUUAUGGUGGUGAGUACUCCAGCAAAUAUGGUCCCAGUCCCUCUCCCAUGGCCCCACCACUACAGACUGUCAUCACAACCACCACAAAGGUGUCCUACCAGGCCUACAAGCCGUCCAUGCUGAAGUACAGUGACAAUCUCUGUGACAUGAAAAACCUUCAGAGCUGUACACAUGUGGCUGAAAAUGUCUCAGGCACUAUCUAUUCAGGGAUGAAGAUUCAGGAAGACUUUGGGAUGAUCAAGUCAGCACUGCUCUACCAGCAUGACCCAGUCACCACAAAGUCUGAACCAGUCGAGAGCGUGGAGGCCUAUCGGUAUGGGUUACCUCUGGGGAACAGCUAUGCUGAGCACGAAGGACAAGCCUUAAGCUGCGGCUCCUGCCAGAGGUUGGAGAGACAGUGCUUCAACUGGGAAAGGAAAACACUCCCCAGGGACUUUUACUAGCAGUUCCUAACUCCUGUCCUCCCGGUGAGAGUGGUGUUCUCCUGGGAAUAAAGCAAUCAACAAAACAAGAGGUCAAAAUUUUCUGAGACCCUAAGCUAAACAGAAAACUUGAGAAUUUGCACCUCCGGGCUCUCGGCUAAUGAAACUCUUCUCCAGUAGGUCCAGAAGAAGACAGUGUUGCUGGUUUCAGUUUACGUAUUUUGGAAGAUGUUGUCUAGCGCUCUUUAAUGAAACUAAAAUAGUGUAUGCCUAGCAAGAAAGCUAUGUAGGCAGGGAUCUGGUCGAGAUGGCAGCAUUAAUUAUUAGUUACCAAGUAUUUUAACUUUUUAGGCACUCAAAUAUUUUGGAAAAAAUAUUUUUGUAUAUUUUCCCUGUUUUAAGUAAGAGCAUGCUACUGUAUGCUUUUAAUAAACAUGCAUUUAAACACAAAACAACAUAUAAUCUAACACAAGUGGUUCACUAGUUGGCUUCUGUGUGCAGAACCUUGCAGUGCUGUCAUCAAACUAAUAACCAAAUCUUAUUUGUAUAGUAUGGUGUGCAGACACUUGGGUUUAAGUCAUUCUAUUUGGUGUGCUGCUUUUUUAACUUUGUAUUUUUUUAUGAGAACAAUGCACACAGUCUGAUACUUGAAAUAGAGUUGCACAGCAAAUUAACCAACAAUAUUCAGCAGUGGAUUGAUCAGCAUUUCAAAAGCUCAAGCUACUUGAAGCUGGAAUGUAUCACUGACUUCUAGAAUAUUUGCUGUCUGCCUCACCAGGUUCUUUUUACAUUUUUCUGACAGUUCUACCAGGUGGUUUAGAUUGCAGAAAUGAGUCAGGUGAGCAACAUCAGUUAGGUAGUUAGCCUACACACCAACCUAAGAAAAUGGCAAGUUACUGCCCAGAAAAUUUGAGCCAAAUUGUGGAUGCAGAAACAUGCAACACCAUACCUAUACACAGAACUGAAACUUCUCAUCUUUACUCCCAAACAUAUCAAGUCAGUUUGGGAGUAGAAUAAAACUUAAGAUAAAGCCACCUAACUUUUGAAGAAAAGUGGAAAUAUGGGUGGGGAGAGGGUUUAAGGUCAAGCAAAAUGGCUAGAAAGAGAUUCACAAAAGAUCUCAAAGUCAAAGAGUUUUAAAGAUGUAAGCUACUUCAUUUUGUAUUAGCUUUUGGGAAAUCAGAUGACUGUGGCUCUAUCUCCAGAUGUGUUAAAAGUUCCAGGACAAGUGGUGGGGGUUUUGUGCUGUUAAUAUACUGGUAUAAAGCUUGCUACUAUACAUGUAUGCUUAUGUUAUGCUAUGCUCUCAAAACACGGCCUUUCAAGCAGAACUUUGUACAUCAGUUGAGUAAAUGCAAAAAACUGUUAAAAUACUACUUUUUGGGGAUAGACUUAUGUCCAGUAAACACAACAGCUGUUUAAGCACAAAGUACAAAGAUAUGGUAGUAAUUAGCUCGCUAUAUCACCUGUGGCCCUCGAACAAAUAAAAACUCUCUGAAGAUUAUUGCAGCAGCUCUUCACACUGCUGCUUUUCAUCUACAAGUGCCUGGGACAACAUACCUGUGCCUUAACCUUUCCAGAUAAAAGAGCAGAUGGAUUCAGUCUGGUGUUGUACGUAGUUUUUCUGUCCAAAAUACAGCAAUUUAAAUGUGAUGCUAGCUUCCGUAACAAAAAGCUGAAAUCAAGUGCCUCCUUGCUGGUUUAUAUAGCUGUAGAAUUGACUUUAAAAGCGUGUUUCUCAAGCGAAGCAGCAGCCUUGAAGAAAGACGUGCUCCCUUCAGUCCUCAAGUAGCUUUUUCUAUUCACUGUGCCCCCUCAAGCAUGGUUUCUGGGCUGCCCACAUCCUGGGCUGCAGCAGAUGUCCUCACCUAACAAAUUCCUGUUGUCACAGUGUAGCUGUGGAGGGGAAGAACGUGUUUUCUGAAUUCAGCCACCUGUGGCUCCAGCUUCACCCCAACAACAAGAGCCCUGCUGAGGAAAGCACCAGCUGUCUCCAGACUGAGGAUGGCCUUUACACAAAAACCAGCCUUUUCAUGGCAAGGCUUGAAAGCCUGGGUGUAUAAAGGAUCUCGUCCCAGAGACAAGAGGCUGCUGAAGAAUUUGAGUGCUUCUGUCGAUCUCAGUGGUUGCUCUCUACUGAAGCACCCGGAGGCCUUCAUCAUCUCCAUAGGCAGAGGCGAGAGUGGGAAGGUGGGAAGCAGAGCUCCUCUGGAGGCACUGAUGGUGCAGCGGGGCAGAAUUCCUGAGUUUGCUUCUUGCUUUUUCCUGAGCGGAUUCUGGGGUUUCUUUCUGGAUUUAUAGGGUUUUCAUCUGUGUCUUUUUGGGAGAAGCUAUCUAAUACAACUGGGCUACUCCCAUUCACAAAGGUGGACCGUGCAGCAGGACACAACACAUUUCCAGGGGUACAGGAGGCCUUCCGAGGAGAUGAACUAUACAUUUUGGAAAGUUAAUGUCGCUCAUGUCAUUAAAUACUAAGAAAAUAAUUCCUUACUCAGUUUGCGGUGAGGCACUAGCACAGGCUGCCCAGAGAAGCUGUGGCGCCCUGUCCCUG